CGGCCCACAGGACGUGGAGUUGGGUGGCGCUGAUUUAAAGCGUACUGAGCUGGGGGGAAAAAAGCUUUCUAUAACGCUUUUGUAUAUUUCUGCAUGUGUUGCAAACUCGUUACAAGCUGUAUUAUUCUGUUGCAUAUCAUUAUUCAUAGGUGCGCUUUACCCGUAAUCAGACGUAGGCUCACUAUUUCGCCAGUUCACUGCCGCGACCUUUCCCCCAGUUUUCAUGCCAGCAGUUCAACGGGUUUAUUCCAACACCGCUGACUCCCCCGAUACGCCCUCCAACAGCCACGCACCCUGUUUCCUCCAAUAGCUCUGCGAUCACGCACUGAUCACGCGGUUUCUUCCAUGUCAUUGGGCGACGUUCCAUCCACGGUCGUUUUUCAUUGGUAGCAUGUUGCCACCCGCCAGUCUACUCCGAAUUUUGUUUUCCUUUUUUUUUCUUUGCACAGCUGAGGUUUGACUCUGUUGGCAAGAGCGAAUUUAAAUCCAUGCUCAGUGUGUACAGAGUGGCUGCGUUGUUGCCGUCUUUGUUCCAUUGUUUCCAGAUAGAUUGAGAGACUGUUUUUCCAAAUGCAGACUGUUGCAACGCUUCAGAAUUCACAGAUCGGAGCUUUACCUUGGUCAGAGCUGACGGACUCCUGCGGGUUGAUCAUGCACAGGAAGAGGCGGGGCAGUGCGCAAUCUUGCCGAAGCCUUCAGGAGCACAAUGACCUGGAGGCGGCAGAGGCCCUGGUGUGCAUGAGUGCCUGGGGUCAUAGGUCGCAGCGGCCCCUCACCCCCACCUCCGACUCCUGCGACUCCCUCCCUCAGCCUGACCCUGCUGAACCCCUCAAGGACUUUGUCUCCUUCUCCUCCUUGUGUAUGACACCGCCUCACAGCCCCAGCUCAGCAGAGACCUCCCCCCUCGCCACCUCCGGCCCCCAGAGCAAGGCACCGCCUCACAGCUGCAAGGGACUCCAGCCCACCCCCUCCCCCCCGCUCGCCGUCCACAGACCGCCCGACGCCCCGCCCUGCCGCGCCAUGGCGACCAGCGUCAUCCGCCACACGGCCGACAGCUCCCCCUGCCACCACAUUCCAACCGUCGCCCGGCCCUGCAACAGCCUCGCGGCCCCUCCCCCGAAAGCACAGGACAACGUCCCGCCCACCCCCCUGUCCCCGCCCCCACCCCCCAUAGCCAGCCAUCCAAUCUUCUGCCAGGUCGUCCCCAUGGCAGGCCAACCGGGCGUCAUCUCGGCGUUCGUACAAACGCCACUCCAGACUCCGGCGCACAGCAUGAAGCCCCUCCUGCCGCAGCCCUUCCUGAUGGGCUCCCCGGUGAUGCUGGUGGUGCCCCCCUCGUCCGUGUCCCCGGCCCCUCAGUGCACACAGACUGUCGUGACCCUGGGCAGCUCGAAGCUGCUGCCCCUGGCCCCCGCCCCCGUCUACCUGCCCUCGGGACAGAGCAGCGGCGUGCACCUGGACUUCUCCCGCCGGCGCAACUACGUCUGCAACUUCCCCGCCUGCAGGAAGACCUACUUCAAGAGCUCGCAUCUCAAAGCACACCUCAGGACACACACGGGUGAGAAGCCCUUCAGCUGCAGCUGGGACGGGUGCGAUAAGAAGUUUGCGCGUUCGGACGAGCUGUCCCGCCACCGCCGCACGCACACGGGCGAGAAGAAGUUUGUGUGCCCGGUGUGCGACAGACGCUUCAUGCGCAGCGACCACCUGACCAAGCACGCCCGCCGUCACAUGUCCACCAAGAAGAUCCCCACCUGGCAGACCGAGGUUCGCAACCUCAACAAGAUGGCCGCCGUCAAAACGCCAGCACCCGUCAGCAUUCUUUUACCUGCCUCAAACUAGUCCCACUACCUUCAACGGGACUCCUCUCACUCAAAAACAAACCUCGGACAAAGGCUAUAACACAUUUGGGGGGGGGGGAACCACACAUGCACUGGACUUGAAUAUUUCUUUUAUGCUCAUUUGUACUUUUUGAAAAGGACUUUUUUUGUUUACUAUCAUGUUUUACAAAAUUGUAAUGUAUGCACUCUUUGCCAAAGCUUUUGAAGUUUGUCAGUUAAGGUCUGUUUUUUCUGUAUGUUUAUAUAUUUGUACAUAUCAAUAUCUGUUUGAAUGUAUUGUGUAUCCUAAAUGGCAUUUAUUGACAGAAUGAAAAUGUUAUUGAUAUAUGGGAAAUACUUAAGUGAACAGUAAUCUAUACACUGUGAUGAUAAUGUACCAUUUCACUGAGUAUUAUUUAAUAAAUAUUUGUAAUAAAAAUAGCAUGGCAUUUUU